UAUCACCCCUCCCAUUUUUUAUUUAAAUAUCUAUUUACAGUAUACAAACAUAACAAAAUAAACCAGGGGGACUGCAAAAAUAAUCAGGCACACAACAUAAAAAAUAAAUAGCAACCAGCUCGGUUCCAGUUAAACUGCAACCUUUUAUAUCACACCACAGCAUAUUACUUAGAGAACUCCAGAAUACAGUGCAAUGCACAGAGAAUCUGGACGUAUUAUCAGACGGACCGGGGUGACGUAAUCCGAAGCCAGCCAAUGGAAAACUUGGUUGGUCUAUCCAACCGCCGUCAGAAUUUGCUGUGAGGAGGGUGCAUUCAGACCCGUCUAAAAAUAAAACCGAAUGUUAAACUGUAUAUAUGGGAAGUAUAGUUGUACUAUAAGGAUUGCUUGAAAGUAUUUUUUAUGUAAAUGUUACAACGAAGAAUGUAGGUUCUUAAAAAGAUACAUAUGUGGAGCAAUGCUUAGAACUGAAGAAAUGGUAAAUAUCUCGAUAGCUAUACAUUGGAAAUAUUUCUGCUGGCAAAAGAUUCCAUUUCAGCCCCUGACACUGAUCACAAACAAGUGGUCAGCGACACCUUGACCACGAGCUAUGAGGCGCCAAUGAAAAAUGGCAGAGGGAGGCACUGGAGGAUCAAGACCAUGUGGAGAAAUCUGUCCAAGUACAGCCCUUUGUUCGUCGUACUGAUACUGUCAUGCGUUGCCUUCCUGCUACGCAACAUCUACAGCCUGGAGAAGCUGGACUGCAAGGCAUCUCUCUACCAGCUUCAGCAGUCCAUUACUGCCCCCUUCAGGACGAGAAGCCCAGGGCAGCUGGAGCGGAACUGGAGCAACUGCAGCUCUCAUGGCUUGGUUCUGUCGCCCGAGGAAGCCGUUGAGCAGGAGCACCUGCUGAAGUCCAUAGCCUGGCCCGAGCCACAUUUGCCAGUGUCAUCCUUGCACCAUAGUAGCAGCCCUUCCAGCAGUUCCUUUUCCAUUUUACCACUAGAAAAUGACAGGGAAUGGCGUGUGGGCGACCACCUGGAGGUGCUGGUCCACAUGCGAGACUUCCGAGACCGGCCCAAGCAGCACGGAGGGGACUUCCUGUUAGCCCGACUGCACUCACCCGAGCUGGGGGCUGGUGUGGUCGGACACGUGGUCGAUCAUGAGAAUGGACUGUAUUCUGUGCUGUUCUGGCUGCCCUGGGCAGGGAAAGCGCACGUGGAGAUAAAUCUGGUACACCCCAGCGAGGCAGUGCAAGUACUAAAGAGGCUGCGGGAGGACAACCCCGACCGCGUCUACUUCAAGAGCCAGUUUCGUUUCGGCCCUUUCUCGGAGACCACCAUCUGUAACCUCUGCCUGUCCACUCAGCUGCCGUCGUGCAACUACACCAACCACCACACGGGGGAGCCCUGGUUCUGCUACAAGCCCAAGCUACUGAGCUGCAAUUCACGGGUCAGCCACUCCAAGGCUGGGUAUCUAAAGCACCUGAUAACAAGUAGGGAGGAGCUAUUUUUCCAAAGGUUGGUAAACCUCAAGGUUCCCAUUCCUUCAUCUGGGCUGGACAGUAUCACCGUGCUGAAGGAGACCGAAGAAAAGCCGAAUGGAGCUGCAAAUCUGGAUAUCUUCAAACCCGCGGGCUUUUACUACAAGGAGGUGUGGCGGCCUACCAACGACGUCCUGCUGCGGCAGUUUGAUGACACGGCAGCCGUCACCCGCUGCCUGGAGGGGAAGGUGCUGCGCAUAUACGGGGACUCCACGGUGCGGCAGUGGUUCGAGUACCUCACCACGGCACUGCCUGACUUGAAAGAGUUCAAUCUGAAUAGCCCGAAGAAUGUGGGUCCCUUCCUGUCCGUGGACAGCGUUCACAACAUCCUGAUUGAGUACCGCUGCCACGGGCCACCCAUCCGCUUCUCCUCGGUGGCGACCAACCAGCUGCGCUACGUAGCGGAUGAGCUGGAGGGCGUGGAGGGCGGCAGCAACACGGUGGUUGUGUUGAGCAUCUGGUCCCACUUCAGCACCUUCCCGGUGGAGGUCUACAUCCGCAGGCUGCGCUCCAUCCGUGCUGCGGUGCUGCGGCUGCUUGAUCGCGCCCCUGGCACAUUGGUGGUCCUGAGGACGGCCAACCCCCAGGACCUGGACACUGAGGUCAGCCUCUACAACAGCGACUGGUUCUCCUUGCAGCUGGAUGCGAUCCUUCGUGGAAUGUUCUACGGUCUGGACGUGGUCCUGGUGGACGCGUGGGAGAUGACGCUGGCCCAUCACCUACCGCACGCACUCCACCCGCCUCCCCCCAUUAUCAAGACCAUGAUUGACUUCCUUCUUUCUCACAUCUGCCCUGAGGACACUUCAGCUUUUCCCUGAUGAUAGGGGUGGGGGUCACAGGGGCACUGGAACCUACUGAAGGCCAUCUGGUUCCUGGAGGGCCCCUUCCCCUGUCACUUAUGGACUCUAAAUAUAUCCUUGGCUAAUGAUAAUGCUGCGUUCCAUUUGAACUCGUAACUCGGAAAUUCCAAGUUCCUAGUCAGAAAUCUCAAUUAGAACAUCCCCCUGAAGUCGAAAUUCCGACUCAGGGAGUCGGAGGAAUCUAUACAACCCCGACCUCAGAAUUUAUGAUUGCUGCACCCUUUUUCAACAUAAAUUAAAGGUAUAGUUUUAUACUGUUCAUUAUCACUUAUGUCUUAUUUGUGGCUCAUUAAAUCGGUCGUGUACACAGUA